UGUUUUGAUAAGAAGCGUCACAGGUGGCAUCAUUAAUUAUUAUGUUAAAAGAAGUAAUCCGAUAGUGGAUAUUGUGGAGAACGGGGAACACUAGUAUCCUUCUCAAAUCCACAAAAUAAAUUUCAGGGAUGAAGAAGUUGCUAGCAGCGAUCAGUCAUCGUAGUGAACGUUUUCAAACUUCGGUUUCAUAUAUAAUUAUUAUAGUUUUGGUUAUAUGUGGUGUUUCCAUCGUGCAUAAUCUUAUCAAUGUACAGAAUGAAGCUGGCCGAAGCAAUAAUAAAGUGCCACUGGAUCUUGAUCAUGUACGAGAGAUCUUAUUGUCAAACAGCAAUGAGGAGACUAGGGAACGUGAUGCUAACUGCAGAUUAUGGGAUUGUGUGAAUUUAUAUAAAUGUGGACAAAAAGGCCAUGACCGCCUUACUAUAUAUGUGUAUCCUCUGCAGGAAUAUGUAGACGAGGACAGCGGAAAAACAGUGUCGAUUCUUACGCGUGAAUAUUACCAAAUACUUGAGGCAGUAGUGCGAAGUCGAUAUUAUACGCCUAAUCCCAAUGAGGCAUGUUUGUUUCUUCCAAGCAUUGAUGUUUUGAAUGGCAACCUCGUUAAACCAAGUGCAGUGGAAAAAGCACUCGCUUUGCAAAAUUAUUGGGAUAACGGCGAGAAUCAUAUCAUAUUUAAUAUGAUACCACGAACUGACGGAUAUGUUUUAAAAACAGAUCGUGCCAUAAUUCUUGGAGGAGGGUUUGAUACGUGGGCCUAUCGAAAUGGAUUUGAUUUAUCUUUACCAAUUUAUAGUCCAACGCAACAAAAUAUUGCCGAUUUAUCAGCUAAAUCUACACACUUGCCUCGAAGAAAUUUGCUGAUAGUAGUUCUACCAAACAUCUACCCAAAAUAUCACAACCAAAUUCACACUUUAUUUGUCGAUAAUCCUAAUGAAGUUCUAAUGCUCGACAAAUGUGUGACACACACAAAAGAAUUUUCUAUAAAAAAUACGAUGCAUUGCAAUAGCAGUCGUGGGAAAAGUGUUGACUAUCCUCGAGUGUUCGAAAAAGGCACAUUCUGUUUAUAUUGCCAUAGUGUAAAUUCAGAUGAAUCAGAUUUAAUGGAAAUAUUGGCCUAUAAUUGCAUACCUGUGAUCGCUGUAGAUAACUCUGUUUUGCCUUUUGAGGAUGUACUUGACUGGUCAUUAUUUUCUUUAAAAAUUCGCGAGGCAGAAAUGCAUGCCCUUGUUAAAAAAUUGAGUACAGUAUCUCAUACGAAAAUUUUCGAACUACAACGGCAAGGACGUUGGGUGUACCAUCGAUAUUUUAAAGAUUUGAAUGCCAUAACGCUUACUGCGUUGGAGAUUUUGGAGAAUAGAAUAUUUCCUCAUAAGGCACGGAGUGUAAUGGAUUGGAAUAAGCCAGACGAUAAUUAUCGCAGCACAUUUAACCCACUAUUUUUACCUAUAAUUUCACCCAAGGCACAGGGAUUUACAGCGGUGAUACUAACAUACGAUCGCGUCGAAAGCCUUUUCACAUUAAUACAGAAGUUAGCAUUGGUACCAUCACUGCAAAGCAUACUCGUAAUUUGGAAUAACCAAAAUAAAAUGCCACCGCAUUUGUCUUCAUUCCCUACAAUUUCAAAACCACUGAAAGUUAUUCAGACGCGUGCAAAUAAACUUUCAAAUCGUUUUUAUCCAUAUAAUGAGAUUGAAACAGAGGCUAUUCUAACAAUAGAUGAUGAUAUUAAUAUGCUCACCACAGAUGAAUUGGAUUUUGGGUAUGAAGUUUGGAGAGAGUUCCCAGACCGAAUAGUUGGAUUUCCCAGUCGCAUACAUGUGUGGGAUAACGUAUCAAUGCAUUGGCGUUAUGAGUCUGAAUGGACUAAUCAAAUAUCGAUGGUUCUUACGGGAGCUGCAUUUCAUCAUAAAUUCUGGAGCCAUAUGUAUACGUACGCGAUGCCUGGAAAUAUCAAAGACUGGGUCGAUCAACAUAUGAAUUGCGAAGAUAUCGCCAUGAACUUUCUCGUUGCAAACAUUACAAAUAAACCGCCCAUAAAGGUUACACCAAGGAAAAAGUUCAAAUGUCCUGAAUGUACUAAUACGGAAAUGCUGUCAGCUGAUCUCAAUCAUAUGCGUGAGAGAUCGGCUUGUAUAGAUAGAUUUGCUAGCAUAUACGGUCGAAUGCCUCUGCGAAGCGUAGAGUUUCGAGCAGACCCUGUACUAUUCCGAGAUAAUUUCCCAGAGAAACUGAAGCGAUUUAAUGAUGUAGGAAAUUUGUAAAAUAUAUACACUCCAAAUGUGAACAAAUAAGAAUGUUUUAUGCAUCGAUUUAAUAAUAUUUUAGCUAAUAUUUUAAGAACUCACUUUGAAUGCCAUAAAAAUGUAUAAUUCUAUACAUAGUUGUAUGAGAAACUAUUUUACAUAGGUAUGUAUGUAGACAAUUUAUUUUAUUUUUGGUAUACAUUUAAAAUAACUUAAUAUCAUUAAAGAUUAAGGAAUGGAGAAUAAGUUUGGUGCUUAUAAUUGUAUAUUUGUGUUGUUUGUAUGUUUUACUUCUUAGUAUUAGUGAAUAAGGAUUGAGAAUUUCAAUAGUUUAAGUAAUAUCAUGUCUCAUUUUUGCGAAACGAGUAUUUUUACCGAAAUUGGCAAUUACUGUAAAAUGUAUAAAUGCUGUUAUAAAAGCCGUACAACCUAAAAUAAAACAGUAAAUAUUACACCAUUUAUUUGACCUAA